AUGUCACAACAUACACCACCUCCGACUAAGCCAUCUCUGCCGACGAUGGUUGCCUCAACAAACUCUCAGACGGCUUCGCCAUUCAAUAAAGUACCACUUGAAGUCCUUCUUCGUAUAUCCUCCCACCUUACAACCCCGGAACUAGGCAGCUUGCGCUUGACUUGCAGAUCCAUUGAGAAAUCACUCUUUAAUACCUUCAUGAAGGAGUUCUUCACCAAACGCCAGUUCAUGCUUACUGAAUUCAGCUUGCAAGCCCUCGUUGAUAUCAGCAAGUCACGACUGAGCGACUGUCUCGACCAUGUCAUCAUCGGCCUCAACUACUUCGACGAGACUUUCUUUCCCCAUGACAAGCCUGCCCGCCAGAACGCUUACGCCGACGCUUUGGCUGAUCAGCGUUCUUUUGUUGCCAGCGGACAGGAUGUCGCCAUGCUCACUGAAGCUUUCCAGAACCUGAAAAGCCUCAAGACCGUGGGCAUUCGAGACUACAACUCUCGGGAGCGCGCCAAGCGUGACGGCAAUGGCGCUUCUUGGGCAAGUUAUGGAGCGACCACCAUCUUUAAAGAAACAGGUGUCGAUCUCCUCCGUUCUACUGCAGGUUUCAGCCCCGCGUUGCAGGACUACAUCAACAAAGUUAUGAUUACUCUUUUCACUGCACUUGGCAACGCUGGCGCCAGACCCAAAGUAUUCGAAAUGCUGCGCAGACAGCAGCGUGUCCCCAACGAUAAUGCAUUCAACCUUUUUACCAAAUACCUUAAGCCCAAGGUUGUUCCCGUUCUUGAAGGUAUCGAGACCCUUAUACUGGUCGCCAAUGUGGGGGGAGGACCUAUGCGAGCAACAUCGGUCCCUGGCAAGCCGACAGAGAGAGACGCCGGCCGAUUCGACUAUCUCCUACGUCAGUUUCUGGGCUAUUUGCCCAAUGUAAAGCAUAUCCGCAUCAAUUUUUUCAACCCAGGUCCCAAUUCCGAUCAACUUCUCGAGUGGUUGGCGAGCCCUGUCCCCAAGGAUCCUUUAACACCUCCUGCGGAUACUGCCUUGCUUGCUCCCCCGCCCCCCGCAGCAUUUCCCCAUCUUGAAGAGCUCAACUUGGGCUUUUGUGAUAUGGGCCCGAAGCGUCUUGUACAGAUCAUUCGCAAAUUCGCGACGACCCUCAAGAAGUUGGAGCUGUACAGGGUCACACUUGUCAACCAGACAGGCAACAACCAGGGAGGCUACAACCAACAAGGCGACGGACAACACAAGGUCAACAUGUGGGCGAAGAUGCUCAAGUCCAUGCGCGAAAUUCCUGGGCUAGAUUUAGAGCACAUAAAGAUCGGCCUACCCAGUCAGCGAUGUGGUCCAGCCUAUGGGCGGAACCUUCAUGUUUGGUUCCACGAAAAGGACGGGCCCACCGAUGAGAAGUUGACAAUGCAAGAGUACACAGGUAUUGACUGGAAACACUACGUUGAAGAACUGGCUGCGCGGGUCAAGGUGGAAGAACUGCCAGCCCCAAGGUACACGGGCGACGGCGGUGGUGACGACGACGACGAGGAGGAUACUGACCUGGACGAAGAAAUGAUGGAUGAAGAUGAAGAGGAAGAUGAAGAUGGAGAGGAUGACGAAUAA